CUUUAUUUAGCUAGAUGGAAGUUAAUAAGCUGUUAUAAAUUAAUUACUUACACAUUGAUGUCUAAGAAUACUGCAAUGUUAGAAGUUGAUGAGCGUUUCCUAUGUCAAUUAGAAGAUCUCAGUUUGUAAUAUAAUUAACUCAGCAAACUGUGAAAUUAUAACGUAUACCUAUGAUAGUUGAGAUUAAAUUAAAUAGUUUAAGAUGGAUGGUUAUCUAUUUUAAUUACGCUUGAUAUAGUUCCAUAGGAAAGUGUAGCAAGUAUGGCAAAAGUGCGUUGCAUUUCAAAUAGAGGAAUAAAACACGAAUUGUCAGAUCAACUUUUAGGAAGAAUUCGUGAAACUAACUCUGAUGCUGCAGAACAUAUCAUAACAGCAAUAAAGGAUGAUUCUAACUGUAUGGACUUUCGUUUUAAUAGACACACUACGUCUACCAACAACAUCUUUGAUUAUUUUAACGGAGGAAAAUUACAUAUGCCAGAAGACAUAUGUCCACAGAAGUUCAAUGAAGAACUUGAAUUUUGGGGUUUACCAGAAACUGCAUUAGAAUCGUGUUGCUUCACUAAGUAUGUUUCGUACUUUGAUACCCUAAACGUUUUGUCUGUUUUAGAGGAAGGGGAAUGUAAAAGAAAUACCAUGUUUGAAAUAGUAGAGACGAUGGCCAGAGGGCACGGAUGGAGGUCUAUUCAAGCGAGAGUGUGGUCUGUCAUGGAAUACCCAACUUCUUCUAUUUUAGCCAAGGUAUAUUUAUACACCAGCAAUGCAAUUGUCCUGCUGUCUUUGUUUCUACUGGUCAGCAGUACUCAUCCGUCAUUUAGAAGAAAAUUAACAAAAGGUGAAUGGUUUGAUUACUUCACAUCAGAAGAGGCGGAACUGUUCGAUGAUUACUGGUUUAAUGAAACAUUUUACGACACAAACAUAUUACUGCCAAGCAAUGUUUACGUUGAAAUCGAUGCGCUUUGGUAUCUCAAAAUGAUAACAUUGGCGUACUUUACGAUUGAACUUAUCUGCAAGUUUAUAGUUUUCCCUUUGCCGUGGAGAGAAUUUAUUACAUUUUUAAACCUGAUAGAUGUUUUAGCCCUGGUUGUAAUGUAUAUGUCGCUCAUUAUGAAUCAAGUGAAUCCCAAAGAAGAAUAUAAGGAUUCUGGUCACGAUAUUGUGUAUUCACUUCAGAUAUUUAGAAUCUUUCGAUUAUUCCGACUGGUUAGGCACACCAACGGAUUCCGAAUAUUGGUGUACACGUUACGUGCUAGUGUGGGAGAUCUACUAGUUAUGCUCUUAAGUUUGUGUACAGCUAUUUUGUUGUUCUCGUCUCUCGCCUACUUCUCGCAAGAUUCCGCAUUUGCGCAUAUCCCUGACGCAGCUUGGUGGGCUAUUGUCACUCUUACGACUGUUGGUUAUGGAGACAUCUACCCGAAAACUGUCCAAGGAAGGCUGAUUGCAUCAGCAUGUGCAGUUACUGGGGUAUGUCUUCUUGCUCUACUGAUUCCAGUACUUGUCAAUAAUUUUCUGUUAUUCUCCUCUCAUUAUGUUGGAAUAGAAAGACGUCAAAACUUAAAAAAAGAAGUUCUGAUAAGAAAGUCAUCAGUUGCACCAAAGUAGGAAAAACAUUUUAAUUUAAUGACAAAGUGUAAUCAGUUGUGCGUGAACUUUAUGUUAUAUUGAUUUUUAAACUGUACAAGGUCUUAUACAGUUUUAGAAAUACUAUGCACCUGUUUGGAGUUUGUCUGAUAUAGGCGUCACAAUAAUGAAUCUUUUACGUCAGAGUAAAAAUGAAUGUGUGCAUAAAACAUCAUGUCAGUCUGCAGAACAAAUGAUGGACAGUGAUAGUAAAAUUUUGAAUUGAUAAAAUAGCUUGUCACAGGUUAAACAUAUCAAGGAAAUUGUAUCUCUUACUUACAUUGAAGUUGUUUCAUACCUUUUUUAUAUUCUUAGUUGUAAACACAAUUAAAUUGUAUUGUAAUACAA